AUAUCUUCAUAGCUGUUUGGAGGCUCAUGCAGGAUGUAUUGCAUUUCUCAAUACUUUUGGUUCCUCAGUUAUCUUUUAUCUUAACUGAGUCACUUAUCUGUAUUUAGGUCGGAGCCUGUUUUCAGUUAGGCGUUAUCACCAUAGUACUCAGCGUCCAAGCUGUCACACCUCAUCUGCAAGUCAGGUUGAAAAUUAUAAAGAUGGAACACAAAUCUAUGCAUAUGAAACCAAUGGUUGUAGAAUGCUGCAACACUAGACAUGAAAAGAUUAACUAACUGAAGAAAGAUAAAAUCACGACCAUGUGGCAGUGGUUUCAUCGAACUUGAGUGAUUCUAUGAAGAUAAUCGUGCUGGAAUAAUCGGAGGUGUAUUGUUUUCUACCUCACUUGACCAUGCUUAUCCACCGUAGAGAGUAACAGCUCCCAAUUGCUCGUUACACUUGAAUGUUGCAUGCACUUGGAAUAUGUGAUUUGCAAGAUUGCUCGCAUCGCUGAGGACUUUGGUCAGCAGUUACCCAACCUUGUGACUCUUAUUCUGACUGGUAAUUACCUUUCGGAUCUCAAGGAUUUGGAUCCUUUAUCAACAUGUGAGAAGUUAGAUUUCCUGAGCCUACUUCAUUGUCCUGUAACAAUGCGUGCUAAUUACCGACUUUAUGUAAUCAGUCGUGUCUCUUCUCUUCGUUUUCUGGAUUACCGUCGUGUUACACAGGCUGAGCGUAAAUUAGCCCGAUCAAUGUUUAAACGCCUUCCAGUUCUGUCAAACAGUAUCAGUAAUUUAAAGGUACCAUACCAAAAAGCUAAUGUUCCGCGUACAGAAAACUCAAAUGCUACCACUGGUACUGUUAAAACAUUCAUCCCUGGUGCUCCGAUCAAUUCAAACGAUCUUGUACCCCCUGGGACUGAACCAGUUCGAAUUGAUGAUGAACAACAUCGUGUUAGUGAAAGCAAAGAAAACAAUGCACCUAGUUCGACUACAUCAGGAGAAAAUAAUCACAGUGAAUCAGGCAAAUCUGAUUCAACUGUAACCAGUUCAAGCGACACUCCCAUGCCCCCACCAUCCAAUCCAGUUACAACAGGCAAUAAACGUUCAGUUGCAUCCAAUCAAGACUUAUUUGCUAUACAAGAAGCAAUCAAGCGUGCACGUACUAUGGAUGAAGUUGAACGUCUUCAUCAAUUGCUCAGUAGUGGUCAGUUUGCAGGAUUUGCAGUUCAAUGGCAAAAACAAUUAAGGCAGCAGCAACAACAAAAAGCCUCACAAUAACGUGUGUAUAAAUAUGAUGAUGAUGAUGAUGAUGUGAAGCUUUACUUGACUUACUGGUCAUUUCUCUCAGUGUUUGUACAUUACCACCAUUUUCUCUUCUUAAACUAAUGUGUAACUCUAACUAUAUGAUGCCGUUAUUCUUAUUUUCUGAAAUAGUUACUUAACUUUAUUUUUACAACAACAACAACAAUAAAUGCAUAGUCCUUUGAAGCGUUAGUAUAUUGUGAUUUUCUAGAGACUAAUAUUCGAAGUGGGUUGUAGAUUCUUCUCAGUAUCAGUGUUGGUUUCUUGUUUCGUCAUCCAGGCAUUUAUAUAUAUGUGCUGCCUACUUUAACUUGCC